AAGAUUGUAUUCUCAGAAUGACUGAGCAAGAUCGCGUCCUUCGAGUUUUGAUUGCUGGCGCUGGUAUUGCGGGGUUGGCAACCGCUAUCUCGUUACGCCGCAUUGCCGAGCUAUCAAAUCUAGAUGUGCAGCUUUAUGAGCAGGCUCCGGAGCUUCAGGAAAUUGGAGCCAGUAUUGCACUCAGUCCUAAUGGCAUGCGAACCUUGGAGAAGCUCGGCGUAACCAGCGCGCUCACGGAUGAGGUUGGAUACAGGGGACCAAAUGGUAUACCACAAAUCUUCCGUCACUGGAAGACAAAUCAAGUCAUCUCCGUCGACACACACUCUGACGUUCCCGAUCCGCGACAUCAUACUACCCGCUUCCACCGAGGCCAUUUGCAUACUGCCCUCCUAGAGCACGUUCCACGAAACAUUGUCCACUUAAACAAAAAGGUCAAAAGGGCAGAGGCUACCCGAGACGGUGUGUCACUGCACUUUGAAGACGGCACUAGUGCCCACGGGCAUGUCCUGAUCGGCGCAGAUGGAAUUCGGUCGCCAGUGAGACAGUCCUUUAUUCCCGACUACAAAUUGAAAUUCAGUGGGAAGGUGUUCAUGAGAGCAACUUUUGAUGCAUCAUUGGUCGAGGGCAAGAUCCCUGACCUACCCAUCGAUUCAAUGCAUUGGUGGGGACCACGAGACAACUUCUUUGCAUCUCGGCUUGGCAAGAAUCAAUAUACCACCGUCGGCGCGUAUGAUGAUCCACGGACUGCAGAAGAGAUUGAAAAGAGCAUUGCGUGGAACUCCACGGGUAAAGUGGAGUUUUUAAGAGAGCGAUAUAAAAACUGGAACCCGACCGUUAGAGCCCUCACUCAACAUACUCCUUCGACCAAUCUAUAUCCAAACUUUGCAGGAGAUGCGCUUCCAACCUGGGUAUUUGGCUCGCGUGUUACUCUUGUUGGUGAUGCAGCACACGCCCAUGGCGGUGCUUUCGCCGCCGGGGGCUCCUUGGCGCUAGAUGACUCCCUCGCUCUUGGACUUGCUUUCAACCAUGUUUUCAACUCCUCGAUAGGCCCGGAACACUCAAUUGAGAGUAUCAACAAGAUACUGAGUCUGUAUAGCAAGACGAGACAGCCACACACGGCACGUCUACUGCGUAUCGUUCAUAGCCAGAUUGAACAGAGGGCGUCGGUGGCUACAUCUCUCGAAGAGGAAGACGCGGCACUCGUUGCUAGGAUGAAGAAGCGUCCUAGCACAGAGUGGUUAUCAGAACAUGACGUUGAGGCUGCAUUCAGGGCUGUGGUUAAUGAGUCUGAGGCCGAGGACCAUUCCGAACAGACAUCAGGCCUGGGAGGCAAAGGCAAGCCAAAGCCCCCCAUUGAGGGAGCGAUCCAGUUUCAAAAAAGCAAGAUUUAG